UAAAAAUUUGACAGAUUGCAUUUUCAACAAAACCUCGUCAAUUUCCACAUCGUAUGUUAGAAAUUUAGCCGAGAUGGGACUACCAAGAGUGUUUUUCGAUAUGGCUGCUGACAACAAACCCGUUGGACGGAUUGUGAUGGAGCUGCGCAACGACGUGGUGCCGAAAACUGCAGAGAAUUUCCGAGCCCUCUGCACGGGAGAAAAAGGUUUUGGAUACAAAGGAUCGUGUUUUCACCGUGUCAUCCCGAAUUUUAUGUGCCAAGGUGGCGAUUUCACCAACCACAAUGGUACUGGCGGUAAAUCAAUCUACGAUGCCAAAUUCCCGGAUGAAAAUUUCAAGUUGAAGCACACUGCACCUGGUGUUAUGUCCAUGGCGAAUGCUGGCCCUAAUACAAACGGUUCGCAAUUUUUUAUAACCACCGCUAAAACCUCUUGGUUGGAUAAUAAACACGUUGUGUUUGGUUCCGUCGUUGAAGGCAUGGAUAUAGUACGAAAACUGGAAACCUUGGGUUCACAAUCUGGAAAAACUGCUAAGAAAAUUACUGUCGCUGAUUGUGGUGAAUUAUAAUUUCCAAUGUUUGUAAUAUUUUUAGUUGCUUGUGAUUC